AUGACUGAUAAUUUCAACAAGUACUUCAGCUCUGCGCAGGUCAGCGACUACAAGCUAGGUCGCCUGCUGGGCAGCCACAAGUCCAUCUGCACGGUGCGCGUGGGCACCACGGUAGCCGAAUCCAAGGACACGGUGCAGUACCUGCGCUCGCGUAACCAUAGCGACGGCGGGGGCGGCGGCGGAUCACCGGCACUCUCCCUGUCGUCGUCAGGGGCGACGGAGCGCACGGGAACGAUGAACCGCUCGCGGCAGGUCCUGUACACGGCCGGCGAGCCGUCGGACAAGUUCAUCGUGAUUUUGGAGGGGACGGUGGAGGUGCGUGUGCACAACUUCACCUUCGAGAAGGGCCCGUUCUACUCGUUUGGCGUGGAGGCGCUGGAGAGGAAGGGUGUGUUCACGCCGGACUUCACUGUGCGCGCGCUCACUGACCUCACCUUCAUCAAGAUCAGCGCUGACAUGUACCAGCGGGCGUGUCACAUGACCUUGGCGAGCACGGGCGACUCGUCGUCGCAGCGCACCUCGUCCAACAUGGCCAUCGCCCCGUCCCCGCUUGCGAGCAGCAGCAGCAACACCAACGUACGGUCGCGGUUAGCUGACAAGCAGGGCCAUGGAGACGGCGGAGCUGGAGCUGGCCAUGUCAGGAGCAUCAUCUGA